CGGAUACGUAAAACAAACCAUUAAAUAUUUAAAUAUUAUACCCCAAAAAAAAAAAAAGUAGAAAGCAAACAAAAUAUAAAAGAGUGAGAAGAAGACAGAGAGAAGAAACCAUUACCACACACACAAACAAACCCACUCAAAGAAAAAAAACCAAAGCUUUUUGCUUAGAUUCAAUCCCAAAUCAGUAAAAAUAGGGUUAAUCGAAGAACCCCACCGGAAUUCCACUGAGGAAUUGCAUCAGUCGCGUUCUUGUUGCGGCUUGAGGAAGAAGAAGAACACUUACACUAACCAAAACAAGAACAAGGACGAAGUGAAACCGAAGAUGACAACGACGGAACCUACACAGCCUCAGAAUCAGCCUCAGCCGAUGAUGAGCUUGAGUUUUAGUAGUCAGAUGUCUAAAGAAGACGAAGAGAUGGCUCGUUCUGCUCUCUCUGCUUUUAGGGCUAAAGAAGAUGAGAUUGAGAAGAGGAAAAUGGAAGUUCGUGAAAGGGUUAAGGCUCAGCUUGGUCGUGUUGAGGAAGAGACUCGUCGUCUUGCUAGUAUUCGCGAGGAGCUCGAGACUAUGGCAGAUCCCAUGAGGAAGGAAGUUAAUUGGGUGCGUAAGAAGAUUGAUAGUGUCAACAAAGAACUUAAACCAUUAGGCUCUACAGUUCAAAAGAAGGAAAGGGAAUACAAAGAAGCAUUGGAUACAUUCAACGAGAAGAACCGUGAGAAAGUUCAGCUGAUCACCAAGCUAAUGGAGAUGGGACAGUUGGUUGGAGAAAGCGAGAAGCUGAGGUUGAAGAAGCUGGAUGAGCUAAGCAAGAGCAUAGACACCGAGUGAAUCUAUCUCUCACAAGACAAGACCAAACCAAUCAAGAAUUAAUUUGGGUUUAGGGUUAUGGUUCUAUUUGAUGUAUUUAUUUUUACAUUUUGGAAUGUUUUCUUAGUUUCUGGGUGUUUUAGUUUCUUUUUUUUUUUGGCUAUGAUUUGUGGGUUGAUUUGUAAAAUUAUGAUGGGUUUUUCGUGUUUUUGAUUAACCAUUAUUAUUAGGGAAGGGAAAUGGGAUAAUGCUUCUUCUUAGGCUACUGAAUGUUUAAAGGGUUUGUAAGUUUGAAUUUUUUUCUUGCUUUUUUCCUUAAUAUUAUUUCAUUUGUUAUA